AUUCGCUACCUCACUUUUCUACUCAAUCAUGGCUGACCACAUCCACGAGUUUGGCGAGUCCAGCAGGGCCAGCGGCUACGCACCACCCUCGACCAAGCCCUUGCUUGAGUUCAACCCGCCCAAGUUUGCUGUCACGCACAACAUCAGGAGCGAGUCUGCCUACGAGUCAGUGAUGACUGGUCUCGGCAAUUUCUUUGGAGCCUUUGGCCAGGUCCCGGGUCUCUUCUGCUGCCCGAACCCCUUCAAGGAAGUGCGCCAGGGUUCAAUUGGCCUUGUCAGGUAUGUCAGCACCAUGAUUCAGGUUGCCAGUAUUGGCCCCAUGCCUAUCGUGACCAAGGACAACGUCACCGUCGGCGUCGAGGCAGUUCUGUACUGGCAUGUGACGGAUCCGUAUCUGGCAACGUACGGUGUGACGAAUGUGCAGCAGGCCCUGACUGAGCGCACGCAGACCACGCUGCGCGCUGUGCUAGGUGGCAGGGAUCUGCAGGACAUUAUCGAGAACCGCGAUACAAUCGCCUCAGCAAUCACGGAUAUCAUCGACAAGCCAGCAAACAACUGGGGCGUUACCGUGGAGUCCAUUCUGAUCAAGGACAUUGUUCUGUCGCAGGAGCUGCAGAGCUCGCUCUCAUCGGCAGCUACCCAGAAGCGUAUCGGUGAGUCCAAGGUCAUCCAGGCGCAGGCCGAGGUCGAUGCCGCCAUCCUGAUGCGCGAGGCCGCCGAGAUCCUGAACACUCCGGCUGCCAUGCAGAUCCGCACUUUGGACAGCAUGGUUAUGAUGUCUAAGGCUGCCAACACCAAGGUCAUGUUUGUGCCUGUCAACCAGGACUACUCGAGCGGAACGAUCAAUGCCUUUGGCGGUGCUGGUGCCACUGUCGGAAUCAACACAUACAAGUCUGGCAAUGACAAUCCUGGGGAGCAUACGUCCGUCGUUGCUGACAUCAGUAACAGCAAGAACGGGUCAAACCCCAAGAGCAACAGCUUGGAUGCUGCCAUCUACAGCCAGCUAGUUGAGAUGUAAAACAAAAACCCACCAUCGGUAUGCGUGAUUCAUAUUUCUUAAGCUAAUUAUAACCCGAAAUUAAUUCAAAUUAAGUCUAUAAUAAAAGUGUAGCAGGAGUUGUGUAAGCAUCUCGCUCCAAA